UUGUGCUUAAGAGUUACAUGUAGGGCUCAUCUAGAGGGACUGUUUUGAUCAAAGCAGCAAAAAGAAUGGUUGGGAGUCCAGAGACGCUAGAACGACCAUAAGAAAGAAGAAAUGAUGACAGCCGAUGAAAUCCGGUCUUCUUACGCAGUAUGUCAGCCUGCACCUCUCUUCUGUAUCUGCAGGAAAUUCAACCGGCUCAGGCGGUCCAUGUAAUUUAAGGAGUCCCUUAAUUAAUUGGAUUUUAGCAGGCCAUAGUCCGCUUCGCUUAAAUGUGGCUUCACCUUGUACAAAAUGCAUGUGGCUGUAUAAUAAUUAAAAUACCUCUAAUUAAUAUACACCCACAGCAAACCAACCGUGUCUCUUGCCCUCACCCUAAGCCUCGGCAGUCUCCUCCAACACACGCCUUUCUCUCACAAGGGAAAAGCGAUUGUCGUCGACCAUGCCUCUCCACCACCGCCACCUUCUCCUCUUCUUCUUGUUGCUUCCCUUCUUCUUCUUCUUCAUCGCCGCCAUAUCGGCCGAAAACUUGUCCGACUACUGCCUGGAGACAAGAUGCGGCAACCUCACCGUGAAGUACCCUUUCUACCUCGAGUCGACGGCACCCUCCCCUUCCCAAUCGAUCUGCGGAUACGAAGGAUUCGGCAUCAACUGCAGCACUGGCAACCCCAUCCUCACCCUCCCGAGCGAUGUCUACCUGCUGAAGAACAUCAACUACGACUCCAAGAAGCUGUCCCUCGUUGACACGGAGAUCGGUCUUAACCCCUGUCCGGCGCCUGGCCACAACGUCUCCCUCGAUCCCAACUCCACCCUCAAAUGGGAUCCGGUUAACACGCACUAUUUUUUCCUCAUCAAUUGCACCAAAAACCAGUCCCCUUCCUCCAACGGCUACCCCCCGCCAACGUCGUCGGAGUACACCCUUCCUAUGAUUAAUUGCUUGAGUAACCAAUAUUACAGGUCCUACGUCCUUCCUCCAGAAAAGGCCUCAGUGAGUGCCCAGUGGUUGCCGGUCUGCAACAGGUCCGUGAAGGUUCCCUUGAUCUCGGGCGUUGGCAGUAUCCCGGACAACGGCGGCUUCCCGAUGGCCAUCAAGAGUGGAUUCAUGCUGGACUGGAGCCAGCCGGCGCACUGCUCAGGCUGUGAAGCAACCCAAGGUUGCUGUGGGCGCAAGACGAGCACAGGGCAGUUCGUUUGCUUCUGCAACGAUGGACUACACGAUAAAAACUGCGAUGACCGACGCUCAAGAAAUAUCAUAACCAUAAUUGGUUGUCUAGCAGCAGUCGGCAGCCUUCUGACGCCAUGUUUACUGUUCUUCAUAACUCGAUCCCUUUGGAUUUCUUGUUCAAGGUCUCAUGCAGAAAAUGGAUGCUUGCAAUUCCGUACACCAACAAAAGUUGAGAAGUUCUUGAUUGAUUGCGAAACUCUCACAACCACAAGGUACACAUACAAUGACAUAAUCAGAAUGACAAGUAAGUUCAAACAUAAACUUGGACAGGGUGGGUAUGGGAGUGUCUAUAAAGGAUGGUUGAUCAAUGGCACACCGGUGGCUGUAAAGCUUAUGGAAAAAUCAUAUAAUGAUGGGGAUGAAUUUUGUAAUGAAGUUGCUACCAUUGGUAGGAUUCACCAUGUCAAUGUGGUUCGCCUUCUUGGCUUUUGCGUUGAAGGGUCUCGAAGAGCACUUGUUUACGACUUCAUGGAAAAUGGUUCACUUGAGAAGUUUACAGACACCACAGUUGCAGGCCAUUGCUUGUUGAGGGAAAGAUUACAUGAUAUAGCACUAGGCAUUGCCAGGGGAAUUGAGUAUCUACACCAAGGUUGUGAUCAAAGAAUCAUCCACUUUGACAUCAAGCCACACAACAUUCUUCUGGACCAUGACUAUACACCAAAGAUUUCUGAUUUUGGUCUAGCAAAAUCAUAUUCCAAGGAGAGAAGCACUGUAACUAUUACAGAAGGCAAAGGCACAAUCGGUUACGUUGCUCCUGAGAUAUUCUAUGGCAAUUCCAGGCAUGUCUCACAUAAAACUGAUGUUUAUAGCUUUGGAAUGCUACUGAUAGCAAUGAUUGGGAUGAAAGAAAAGAUUGGUCCCACUGAUGGAGCUUCUAGUGAAGCAUAUUUUCCUCAAUGGAUUCAUACCACUCUUUCUAAUAAUAAAAGAUUUGAAGGCAUUGCAAAUGGACAAGCUGAAAUUGUUAGAAAGAUAGCCACUAUAGCCUUGUGGUGCAUACAAUGGAAUCCAAUUGAUAGGCCUUGUAUGAAAGAAGUUGUCAGGAUGUUGGAAAGCAGCACAUCAAGCUUGACAAUGCCACCCAAUCAUUUUUACCCUGUAGUUGAUCCACCGGAGUUUCAAGUGGUUGACUCUUCGUCUACAUCUGAAUGUUCCGGGCUAUUAGUUUGAAACUUGAGAUGUUGGGGAAGAUGAGAAACGACUGGCAGCAUUAAUUCUUGACCAGUUUUGUGGAAUGUUUUGUGGGAGUGUAUAUAUAUUAGUCGGAGAUCUUUUUUCCCAAAUCAAAUAUUUUUUGUCCUGCCCUUAUUACCAUGUUAAAACUGUUCAUCACUUUUAGAUUCUACAAGAUGUUUGCCAUUUUUUCAGAAAACUGU